GAGUGUCCUCAAACUUGCUUUCAUCUAUAGUAUCAAACAGGGUGAGCCUGGUUGUACAUCCUAAUUAUAGAACAUAUUUCCCUUGACUGGUUUUGAAUCUAGUUUCAUGUAUGAAAAUAACACAAUCCAUCUUACAGUGAGUUACAACAUGUAUUUGGGUUCAUCCCUUUAAGUACCACUUAACCUAUUUGUGGGGCAGUGUCUAUUGUGAAGUGACUGUGUGAGUGGUAGAAAUAGGUAUUGGUGAGUAUUGGGUUAUGCAGGUCACGAGCAGUGGUCUCAUUGGGCGUUAGAGGUGGUAUGAGGCAGGGGGGCAGAAGUGCCCUUUAUGGGUGGCAGAGUAGUAGAUCCAUAGCGGAGCUGUCUGGCUCUCUGCCCAGACAUGCCAUGUGGGGUUCAGAUGGCAGGGUGGAAUGAAAGAAAAGGGGGGCACACACUGCUCUCUAGCUGCUGGUAAGAGGAACAUGAACAGCUUUUUUUGUUCACCCGCUUACCUUGUCAAGACAUUUCUCAGUUUUUUUUUCAUUCCAUUUGCUCUUUUUUUCUUAUCUCACAUAUUGAAAGACGUUUUUUGUGGUUUGUCGGUUGCCGCCAUACCAGCACAGAGCAUUGUAGACCCACCAACAGGACGACUCUCUCACUGCUUUCUCAGGAUAUGAAAGAGACCACCAGUGACAUCAGAGAGAAUGAUCUAGGCUAAUGAAAUCUCCAGAUGCCAGCAGUCAACACAACCAUUUAGUGACUAGUCAGGUUUGAUUUUGUUCUGUUAAUGUGCUGUGACAUUUCUUGUACCUGUGGGGUUGACUCUGUUGUGUAGAUAUGAGGAUAUGUCAAGGCACAUUUUUAUCUUAAUGAGAUAGUCAAACUGAGAGCAGCUGGUGGAGAAAGCUAUUUUGCCCUUGUCUGUGUUGUUGUCAUUGCUCUGUUUCUCUGAACCAAGAGCACGAUCCUCUCAGUCCUUGUCGUGGGAAAGACUGAAAGACUGAAAUUACAUCGCUCUCAUGGUGGACUAUUUUGAGCUCCCAAAGAGAGUGGCAGAGGGCAGACGGCAGGUUCUAGUGACUCGUUCGUACUUAGAGCAGGAGAACCCCUCUCGCCCCGGCACGUCUGCAGCUUUCAACUUUUUUACUGCUGAAGCACUUUGCGACUGUAACGAGGAGAGGAGUGGAAGAAUGCUGUGUGCCACAUCACCAGGUGAGUGUGUUGGCACUCCCAGACUCCAGCCAGAUCUGGACCCUGAUGACAACACAUCGUUCUACAUUCUAAAUGUGGGCCAGCCCCAGCCUAUGGUCACUAACCACCAGCCUAUUGGCCUGCCUCGUCAUGGCAUGCAGCAUACUUCCCCACGCCUUCAGUCACACAAACCAGGAUCUGAGCCUCCAAGCUAUGAGGCACAAGACUCCAAGUAUGGCACCUCCCCCCUGCUGCCCUCUGCUCCUGUGGAGGCUCCGAAGGCCUUUGAGUGCCCCAGUAUCCAAAUCACCUCCAUCUCCCCUAGCUGCCAGCAGGAGAUGGAUGCCAAUGAUGAGGAUCUGAGGGCCAAUGGCCCUGAUGGGGACUAUCAUGGUGACAGGCCCCUGUCCAGAGACCACCUGUAUUUGCGGCUGGACCACUCAUACCGGGACCCUUCGCUCAGCCCUAGCCCGUGCAGCAGCCUCUCCUCUAGGAGCUGGUUCUCUGAUGCCUCCUCCUGUGAAUCAUUCUCACACGUCUAUGAUGAUGUUGACUCAGAGCUAAAUGAAGCAGCUGCCCGCUUUACCUUGGGCUCCCCUCUUACUUCCCCAGGCUGUGCCUCCCCUCAAGCAGGUGGUGGAGUUCUGGAGGAGCAGCCCCAUUGGCAGCACCACCACCCAGCCUUUGUGCACCACUCCCACUCUGUCAGCCUAUCACCGCGACAGUCCCCCUGCCACUCGCCACGCACCAGUGUCACUGAUGAAAAUUGGCUUAGCCCACGACCACCCUCCAGGCCCUCCUCACGUCCCACCUCACCCUGUGGGAAGAGGCGUCACUCCAGCGCCGACAUCUGCUAUCCUGGCUCAUUGUCUCCACACCACUCACCCACGCCCACGCCAGGACCUUCACCUAGGGGCAGCGUUACAGAGGACACCUGGGUUGGCAGUCCCUCUGUAGGCAUGUCACCCUUCCAGUGCUGCCCAUCUGAGGCAGACAUCCCAUCUAAGACAAGGAAGACCUCACAAGACAGAACAGCUAUGCAGUCUGGGAAAGGGGAGCUGGGGCUAGAUGACCAAGGAAAUGUGUCUCCUAAUCUAGACUCUCCCUCAGACGAAGCCCUACACAGCCUGAAGAAGGACGGGCCUGGAGAGCAGUUUCUCUCGGUGCCCUCCCACUUCUCAUGGAAUAAACCUAAGCCCGGUCAUACACCUAUAUUCAGGACCUCCUCACUGCCCCCCCUAGAUUGGCCGCUGCCAAGCCAGUUUGGCCAAUAUGACCUGAAGAUAGAGGUGCAACCCAAAGCCCACCACCGAGCGCACUAUGAGACUGAGGGCAGCCGAGGAGCCGUCAAAGCAGCUUCCGGUGGCCACCCGAUUGUCAAGCUCAUUGGCUACAGCGAGAAGCCCGUCAACCUGCAGAUGUUCAUCGGAACAGCGGAUGACCGUUACUUGAGGCCGCACGCCUUCUACCAGGUGCACAGGAUCACCGGGAAAACUGUAGCCACGGCCAGUCAAGAAAUUAUGGUCUCCAGCACCAAAGUUCUCGAAAUUCCUCUCCUGCCUGAAAACAACAUGUCAGCCAGUAUCGACUGUGCUGGCAUCCUUAAGCUACGGAACUCAGACAUCGAGCUGCGGAAGGGGGAGACGGAUAUAGGAAGAAAGAACACACGGGUCCGUGUGGUGUUCAGAGUCCACAUCCCUCAACCCAACGGCAAGGUGCUGUCGCUGCAGGCUUCUUCCAUUCCUGUGGAGUGCUCCCAGCGUUCAGCUCAAGAGCUGCCCCAGGUUGAGAAAUCCAGCCUGACCAGCUGUCUGGUCAGCGGGGGAGAAGAGAUGGUGAUCACAGGCUCUAACUUCUUCCCUGAGUCCAAGGUCAUCUUCCUGGAGAAAGGCCCUGAUGGACGACCACAAUGGGAAGUUGAGGCAAAAAUAAUACGUGAGAAAACUCAAGGGUCGUGCAUCGUGGUGGAGGUUCCUCCCUACCACAGUAAGACUGUGGGCUCAGCUGUGCAGGUGCAGUUUUAUGUCUGCAAUGGCAAGAGGAAAAGGAGCCAAUCGCAACGCUUCACGUACCUUUCAGUCAUGGUGAAACAGGAGCACAGAGACGAGCUGGACCUUCCUGCGGUACCCCCCAUGUCCAUGCCCCUGGCACAUGCUGCCAGUCUGGUGCGCACCCAGCUGCCUUCUCCUGAGCAGGGCCACCCAUCGGACAACCUUCUGUCCAGCUCCCCUCAUGGCCUGGCCACGGGCUCCGGACCUGGCCUGCUACCCCUGCAGGGCCCGUGCCCCUCCUUGGGCUCCCCGUCUUUCCAGCACCUGCCUCACCUCCAGAGUCACAGUUUGCACCACCCCCCUGCAGAUUGCCACAUGACGUUCCACCCAAGCCCUGCUCCUGCUCCUCUUUCUGCUCCUCCCCGACCCUCCUACCAGCCUAUGCAGCACAGCCACAGUCACGGCCACAGCCUGCCCUUCAAUGGCCAGUCCAGCCUGCCUCCUCAGGGCUACGAGAGGAUGCCCUUUCAGCAGAGCCCCACUGCAGCAUCACACCCAAUGGGUAUGGGGAUGGUGUACCCCUCUUCCCCUUGCUCCUCGCCGUCAGCUCCCUCCUCCUCAAGCACAAAUCCCAUUGCUGGGUCUCCCCAGAGCCAGCAACCCCUGCUCACCCCCUCAUCCCCACACCCCCACACACUUGGAGGCUAUCACUGCUCUCCAAAUCCCACCCAGGUUCCGUCUCCUGGUGGUCACCCCCUUGUAGGGCAGCACUCCUCCCAGCUGCAGAGGGCCAUGGCCUACCACCCGGUAAGUCAAAGGUCAGCCUCCUGCCCCACGCCGUCCAGUGCCCCUCCGCCACGGAUGAUCUCCUCUCCGCACUCCGGGCCUUCCUCCCCUCAGCUCCAUCCGCUACCCUACCAAUCUCCCACCUCCUCCUCCCCCACCUCAGGCGGCAGUCCUCUUGGGCCCCUCCAACAGCAGCCUUCUCCCCAGGCUACAAGUCCAGUCAUGGCCAGCCUGUCCCCGGCAGCAGCAGGCCCUCUGGUUCACCCUCUAAGCCCUCAGGGGCCCUUCCCUUUGGAUGGGGAGAGGCUGAAUAUCAAGCAGGAGCCAGAGGACAGGGAGCCCACCUUCCGUUCUAUUGGCCUGCAGGACAUCACGCUGGACGAUGUAAAUGAAAUCAUCGGCAGAGACAUGUCCCAGUCCCCCAGUGCUCACGGUCCUCCAUCGACGCACAACCAGUCAUAGCUCAGCCCCUCUCUCAGGCCCCCCUCCUCCCACCCCACCGAUGUGGACUUGUGGCUCAUGAACUACCCCACCCUCCACCCCCCACCGUCCAGCUCUUAACCCCAGCUUCGACACAGAGCCUGCUUCCCCAGGCCCGAGGACCCGGUCCUGUGCGCGAUGGGACGAGAGGAGCACGAGGGAGAGGUCAAAGACAGUACCUGCUAAGACCACCAGCCUGACAGGAAGACACUCUUCAUUUGUCCCAUGCGAUUUUAUUUAAAACUGUACACUUUCUCCGAUUGAGAGACAAAGCACUCAGAUUAAACAGAAGGGCGAGCGGGAGAAUACAGCCAUGUCGAUUUACACCCAGGGUGAAAAAGGUCAGAGUGUAACGAGCUGUCAGAGCUGUCCCUCAGUUCUCAGAUGUCGAGAUGUGUGUCCCCCCCACCCACCCCCGUCCUCUCUUCAUUAGGUGUGACGGCCUAAUGAAGACACCGCUGUCUUCCUGAGCAGUCAGGUCAGAGCACUCACUUUUACUUUUUUUUUUUUUGGCAGAAUAACUUUCAGUAGCGGAGACGAGAGUGGCGCAUGUGGUUGUCCCUCUCUCACCAGCAUUGACCUUCAUAAAGGAAGACGUCUGUGAGAAGAGAGAUUCAGGAGUGCACAGUGUUGUCACAGGAAGCCAGAGCUGGGAUUUUAAAUCCCUUCAGAAGGCUUUUCCAAUACUCUGUAGUUUAAGUGUUUCUCAGGCGACGCUUUCAGAAACAUCAGUGUACUGGAACGCAACACAACGUUCCAGACAAAACUAAUCACGCUUCGAGAUUUCAGACCUGCAGAACUGAUUUGUUAGCCGUGAAAUUUAAUCACCAAAUUCAAAUCAAACCAAACUCUCCCCCUUUUUUUUUUCCUCAUGGCUCACUCAUGACAACACUGUCCAUUUCCUUUUUUUUUCUCCCUCCACCCACCCCCACCCCUUUCAAAUAGAAUAAAACCAUUCAGGUCUGGAGUGCCGGAGCCUGGCAGAGAGGAACGAGCUCCUCUGGCACUGGUCUGGGAUCUGCAACCCGCAACAUUCCACAACUUUAACCUUGCAGCCGUGUAGAUAUCUGUACAUGACGCCGCCCCCGGUCUCCUCUUUACGCCCUCCCCUCUCCUGCGUUUCUUUAUCGUCGAGUUGAACAAAUGCCUUAUUAACAUUUAGCAGCUUUGAAUGGUAGCGAAAGCUUUUGUUGUCGUUGUUGUUGUCGUUUUGCACAGCUGGCUUAGAGUUAAACUUACAAUAUUAUUGCAUAAACAGACGCGAGACUCGGGUCGUGCGGAUGUGAUUUCAUGAGUUAACCCUCCUGAUCAUUCUCAUUCAAAGAUAUUUGAAGAAGCCUGUUAAUCUCCAUGUUACAGAGAAGUGUUUUCGUUCAUCCGCGGAGAUAGACGUCUCUGCCUCUGACAUCUCUUUACAUGCAAUAACUGAUCCCCCAGAUCACCCAGGGGCCUUUGUGUGCCUUCUAUUUCCUAACAGGCGGUCAUACCUGUGACAGUAUGUCAGCCGAGGUGAGUUGUGAUGGGAAAUAAUCUGACAAAAGUUUUAAAAGUAUUUAUACACAAAGAUGUCUAGAUAUUGCAUUUAUGUAUUGACCCCACCCCUUAGCCCCUUGCGUGUAAUGAACAAGGUAAAAUCCCAAAGUCUAGAGAACAACAUCUGGAUGUAACGGGGUCUUCCACACCCCCUGUUCGCAACAAUCAAUCACAAUCAAAGAUUUCUCUGUAACCGUGUGACGCAUUCAUUCUCUCACAGAUAUGCAGUGCCUGUAUGGCAGCAAUAACACAGUGGUGAGAAAAAAGGAGUAUUUUCAGGCAGGUUUCUGGUCAGAUACGAGUUUGGUCUGAAGAUUUCCAUCGGCUUUUAUUUUGCCUUAAGCUUGACAAUGACGCUCCUGCAUGCGAGAGCCGAGGAGUGUUGCUUAUGACGGUUUGAAGUCAGUUUCCAGGUGAAAAUGAUUCUGCUAUGCAUUAAAUUCUGCCUAAUGCCUUUAAAAAUGAGGGGGAAAAAAAGACAAAAAAAGACCUUAAUGCCUAUAGAAGUAGACUGUAGACUUGUUGUAGAUGCUUGAUUGAUUUCUGUUAGCACCCUGGAUUCGUCCAUCAGCCAAUCUGCCUUGUCGAGGACACAGUGCAAGCAUCUUAAUAGGUUCAGUUAUGUGUGUGAGCGCAUGUGGGUGUGUGUUAGUGUGUGUGCGCGUGUGGAUGGAUGGUUGGUGUUUGUACCAAAUAUGCGCUGUACAGAAGACAGGAAUUUUUAGAGUCCUAUUUUCAACAACAGAAGCACACCCAUGUAUUUAGGCUAUGCAAACUAUAAGAAGCAAAUGUGAGAUACGACAUUAAAUAUGAGAAAUGAGAUUAUAAACUAUUUGUAAUGUUGCUUAUGAACUUCACAGAGCAGAAAGAAAAAAAAUAAACAUUCAGAUAGUGAGAGUAUCAUGUCACUAUGUAAACUAUUAGGAUGCCUUAACUCUUUGUUUGAAAACCAGUUUGUCAGUGUGUCUGUAUGCUGUUUCUGGGUUGAUUUUUUUUCCAUGACUAAGACAUAAGUCAGUAACUAUUAUUAUUAUUAUUGUUAUUUUUGUUUGUUUGUUGGGGGCACAGGGUGGACAUUGAGGGUUGGGUGGGAGAAGGGAGAUGGCUCUUUUGCAUAUAAAGCUGGUUCUGCAGCUUGAAAGACUUGAGUCAACAAAAAAAUGAAACAAAACCAGCAUUGACAGUAAACUCUGGCUGCCGUCCUCUUCUGUCUCAACCAAAGACCGAACAAUAUGUUCCCAUUUUACAUUAUGGUAAAGCAACAGAGACUGUACAACUCUAUUUUUGAUACUUUGAAAUGGAUGUCAUUCCUAAAAGGUUGGGGACAUGUGUGAGUGUUGAGAAUAUAGACAUAUAUAUAUAUAUAUAUAUGUGUGUGUGUAUGUGUGUAUACACACACACACACAUAUAUAUAUAUGUGUGUGUAUAUAUACAUAUACACACACACAUAUAUAUAUACAUAUACAUAUAUAUAUAUGAAAUUGUUUUGUAAAAUAAAAGGGAAAUACAGGUUUAGCUGAUGUUUACCGAGCCUUGUAUUGUCAUUUCUUGUAUAUUUUGUAUGUUAAAAUUUUUGUAAUUUUUAAGACUGCAGUGCUUUUUGAAAUUAUUCAAAGGGAAUACCUUGCAUCAUACUGUAGGCUCUAAAGUAGUGUAUAUCAAUAAAAGAGAAAACUCA